GAUGAACAAGUUCAAAUAGGGCAUUUCCCUGUGACAUAAAGAAGGAGGAUGGAGUCUCUCUGAGACCUUGCCUGGAGUAGUAAGCCUUUAUUUUCUCUUUGCCCCCCCUGGAGGUGCUUAAAAAUGAUCGAUUUUUACAUUAUUUUAAUCCAAUGGACUGACGCGCUAUUGGAAAGAGGAGUGAUGGAUCUGGACGUGCAAGACUGGACAUUGAUCAAAGUGAGAAGAGAGGUCGGGUUGUUUCCCUGAGGAUCUCCCUGAUACACACACAUACUGGCGCACAGUUGGCAGUGUGGGUGUUUGUGCCCGCGCGCGCACGAGCACGAGUUGAUUCGACUCGCCGCUCCUUUGCUGAGAAGUUCAUUUCCGAUGAGCGAAUCCGUUACCGCUGCAUCACUCUGUUUCGGAUGCAUUGCGCUGGAUGCUUUGGCAAUGCAUGCGUAAAACAACUGGUUCUGUGUGAUAUCCUCGUGAUGAAUCACAUCUCAUCGGUACAUUUGAGUUGCAAAGAAAACCGAUUUUCUCAUAAUAAGAAGUCUGAUCCAUCUGAGAGGAUGUCGGCGUAUGGCUGCGCACAGUUUUCAGCAACUCAAACGCAAGACGGAUUAAGUGUGAUCCCCGUGUGAGAUCGGUCGGAAACAACGCACGCAAAAGAGAGCCAGGAAGGGAGCGGAGGUAAGCGCGCACUCGAGCUGUAAGAAGCAUUUUUUUUCCCUGGGACGCGCACACACAGAGAGCGCUGCUGGUGAGACAGCAGACAGAGGAGAGAGCAGGAGGACGAGCAACACAAACGCACACACAGACAAAGUUCUUUUGCGUCAAGCUGAAGUAUGGUGCCAACGAAAAUGUGCAUUCCAAUUUAAUGGAAGUUUUUGGAUCUUUAAGGGAAAGAGGAGAAAUAUCCCAAAGGAACGAGUGCACCCAUGGAUCUCUGUGUGGCACGAGCGCUUUAGUAUAGUGGAGCUGUUGAGAUAUCUAGUCAUGAUUUGGAUCGCAUUUUUACCCUUUUUGCUUUCGUGCGCCCUCGGGAACAGGACCGUGGAGCAGGUGCCGUUCUUUCACGGGCAUGUGUUUGAGAACUCGUCUCCGGGCUCCCGGGUCAACGGACUGAGUGUCCCCUUGAAGCGGCUCAUCUCGCAGAGGCUGUGCGGUACCGAGGAGCCCGGCUCAGCGGCAGCGCACUUCAAACUCAUGGGAGAUGGAAGCGAGAAUUUUCGUGUCUUUGCGCACCAUAAACGGGGCCACAUUUUAUUGAAGACUUCUGGGAUUCUGGACCGGGAGGAACGGGCUGAAUACGCACUGGGUCUUGGUUUGUGUUGCGGGCAAUGCGCGGGACUCUCCCGGGAAGGGGAAGAGGAGUCUUCCCUUGUCGCUGAGGUGGCGUCCAUCAAGGUGGACGUCCUGGACACUAACGACCACCAGCCUACCUUCACCGGUGCCAAUGUGAAACUGAACCUGGAUGAUGCCACUGCGCUCCGCACGGCGAUCUACACGGUCACAGCGCGGGACAAUGACAGCGGCAAGAACGCGGAGCUCAUCUAUUUCGUCUUGCCCAAAAACGGGAGUUUCUAUGCGGUGCCCAAAACAGGUGACAUCCUCCUGGUGGACUCCAUCCUCGGUCUGGAUGGACCUAUUAAGUUUAAAGUGUUUGCACGGGACCGCGGGUGGCCACCCCGCACCAGCCAGAGCCUCGUAGUGGAGAUCAAUCCACGGCAAUGGCCCGUGGCGUCCUCAUCGAACCCCGAAGCGGAGAAACGGACAACUAAACCGCAAAAUAAAGUGCCCGCGCGAAGAUCCAGGUCAGUACUGGAAUCGGACAGCCCCGUUUUCAUCAACGUGUCCGAGGAUGCUGGGAUAGGUUCGGUGGUGAUGAACCUGAACCCGGUGAGGUUUCAGUCAGCCACGUUUGAGCUGGUGGAGCCAGACGUGGAGAGCUCACCGGUCAGCGUUAGCCGGGACAGCGGGGAUAUUGUCAUAUCACGGAGACUGGACCGAGAAACGGAGCCUCUGGUCGAGAUCUCCGUCAAAGUUCAAGAUAAAAGAGGGAUUUAGUUUGAGUGGAGGCACAGUUUAACACGGCGAGAGAGGAAGCUUCUGACAUGAUUCUUCGAGGGACAGAAAGUGUGUGUGUGUGUGGGAGUGAGGCUGGAUGUAUUAGGAUCUAAGAUCACUUCUUUUCUGCUUUUGUAGCCCACUCCACAAGUGCUGCUGAGCUUCAGCUGUGUUGGAGUUUAGUGUGUGUGUAUACUUGUAUUACCUACAUUGUGAGGACAUAAAUCUGUUCUCACAGUUGCUUUGUGGGGACUCACCCCCCAAAACACCAGUCCUCAUAAGGUGAACCAUUCAAAUUUGGGUAUAUUAGAUUAAGGUUAGGGUCUAGAUUAGGUAUGCAGUGGUUAUGGUUAAAGUUGAGGUGAGUGUCCAGAGAAUGAAUAUGUGUCAAUUCAAUAAGUGACAAAAGCAAGAGUGCUUCUGGCUAUCUUCAGGUUUUUCUUCAGUAUUUUAGCCAGGAUUUCUUUUUUAUGCCCAAAAGCUCUUCAUUCCAAAUAAGACUGUAUUAUUUUCCUUGAUGUCUUUUUUUUGUUUGUUUGUUUGUUUGUUUUUUGCUUUUUUUUUUUAUAAGUAAACCUGUGUGUGUUUGCGCACAUGUACACUCUGAUAUCCCAAUCCCUUCAUUUUCAAGAGUCAUUUAAUGAUGUGCCAACACCUAAAAGAGCACCAUGUGAGUGCUUCAUUAAUUUUCCCCAAAGGUUCCUCCUUCUCUAAAGCAGCCAAUAUGACACUGUUGUUUGACUGCAGUGACUCCUGUUGUCAUAAUGAUGAAUGAAAUUAUUAAUUUAGUUAAUUAGUUAAAUGAUUAAUUUGGUUAGUCACACAAGUCCUUUGUCCAUCUUCAGAGUUUUCCUUUUUUGAAAAAGACAUCGCUUUUUUUCUCCCAUCCAUUUUUUUCUUGUCAUCUCUUUUUAAAAUCUUUCUUUUUAACCUAACUUUACGACUGUAUGUUGAGUAUGCUCAACAGCACACAGUCUAAUUUACUUGUCAGUUUCAGACUAUUCUAUUUUGGCAAAGUUCUUGGGUUCCUUUCUUAAUAGAAAAAGGGUCUUGUUACCAUGUGAGCUGUGGAGUCAAUCACAUGAACUGAUUAACCAAAUCAAUGAGCUGAAAGCUGCACAUAGCCACUGAGGCAUUGAUUCUCAUUGGGAUCAGCUGUAUUAGCAAACCUUCUGCACUACAAGGAGUAGUUUGUUUAUAUUAAAAGAAGACGAAGAGUCCACAGCCAUUGGCUGUGUGAGGCUGUACUCGAACUCAGUAAUGUUUACCAUGCUCACUGUGUUGGUUUACGAUGCAAACUUGCUAAUUAGCACAGAAACAGAGAAGUAAAGCUGAAGCUGAUGGGGAUGGGAUGUCAUGUGUUCUGCAGGUGUUUGUUUAUAAUCCAAAGUGUUGAACAAAACUACCAUAUGAUGUCGCUAGAUGCAAAGCCAUCAUCUGGGAACCAUGAAUGUAUACCAAAUUUCACAGCAAUCCAUCCAGUAGCUAUAGAGGUAUUUCAAUUAAUAACUAAAGUCAACCUCAUAGUGACGCUAGACAAAAAGUCCGGGGAUAACCAAAGUCAUUAGAAUGUAUCAUCUGGGGACAUUGAAUAUCUGUUGUAAAAGUAACAGCAAUUCAUCUGAUAGUUGUUGAGAUAUUUCACUUUGAACCACAAACGUCCAGCUCAUGGUGGCUCUAGGGGAGAGUCAAGGGAUCGCCAAAGUCAUUGGGAUUCAUCCUCUGUGUCUAUGAAUUCCUGUACAAGAUUACGUAGUGAACUUUUUAAUAGUCAUCAAGAUAUUUCAGUCUUGGACAAAGUGGUGGACAGACUAACAGAAAGACAUUGUCAUUCCUAGAGCCAAGCUGCUAGCAUGGUUAAAAAUUGCUCAGCAGAGAUUUAAAAUGAACAUCUGUUACUGUGCUGGGAUUUGAUUCUACUUAUUUUCAUUGCAACUUUUUUCAUUUGAACCGUUAUUUUCAAAAUAUUUUUAUAAGUAAGUACUUAAAUUGUAUAACUUGAAAUUCUUCAGUGUGUUGCUAAUUGUAGUAAUAUUUUCACAGUCAUGUCCCGGCAUGUCCUAAUUUCAGUCAGAGAUGUGUAACACAUCAUUUACACAUCCUUUUCAAGAAUAUGUGAAUUGUAUUUUGAAAUUCAGUUUGAGCUGCGAGAUUGCAUUUGCACUGCUUUGCCAACAUCAGUUUAGAAGAGGGUUCAACUGUUUUACUGUGUUUUUCUUUCAUUUUGUCUUCUCUAAUUAUUUUCUGUUAUAGUACAUUCACGCCCAGUCUCAGGAUGUGUUUGUACUGUUAUAUGUGAAAGAGAAUCCUUCGCACCAUUGUAAAAGAGCUGUCAUUAAACAGUGCCUGUGGACUUGUUGGAUGGAUUAAAGC